CGCUAUACGCUAUACGCUAUACGCUAUACGCUAUACGCUAUACGCUAUACGCUAUACGCUAUACGCUAUACGUAAUUUGAAUUGAGAGAGGUUAGGUAGGAUAACUACCGGAAUUGCCAAUUUAAAGUUGUGUACGGUUGGUUUAAUAGCGACUUGAUUUGUUAGAAAAAAAAUAGUCAAUAGCUCAUUAUGUCAUCAUUUAAGAUAGGAGGUACAUAGUACAUAGUAAUCCCCAUCCAUUUAUAAGAUCGAACUACUAUUCAGGUAGUCAGGUCAAGUUAUCAAAGCAACAUGAAUAUACAUAAUAAAUAAUAAAUAGUUUAUACGUACCUUAUUUAUAUAUUACUUAAUGUUAAUGCUGAAUAGUCAGAACUACGUGAGUAGAAAACAUUAUGAUCAAUCCCUAGUCUAGAUACUUGCUGGGUUAUUUCUGUUCUUGGACUGCUAGAUAAUGAAAGCAUUGUCCCUGACCCUUUGUAUGUCCCCCCUCUCCGUCGCCCUUUCAAGGAAACCCAAGUAGCCCUUUGUUAGUUUUCAGAUACAAAGGUGCAGAACAUCCCUUCGUUAAUAUAACCACCACGUGAAGGCCCAGGUCAUGUCACAUUUUCCUCUGUCCGGAAAUCAAUCAUGUCAGAUUUGAGCGAGAACCAGAUGUCAUGGUUUAGCGAAGGGGGAGCAGAAGCAGUGUCACAACGGAUAAAGGCUUUCUUCGAUCGUGAUAAUACAUUCCGGUGGGACGGUAUCGUUGGUUCUGGAGCUAACGGCUCUGUUUAUAAGGUAAUAUAUAACGAGCAUGGUCGUUUGACCACGAUGGCAGUUAAAAUCUGUCAUAUAGAUGUUGACCUCGGAGGGAAUAAGUCAUACGACGAGGAGGACGAAGACGAGGGAGAAGAAGUACAGCAACUUCUCAACGAGAAGCUAUGGCUAGAGAGGCUACGCAAUUGCCAUCAUAUUAUUCAAUCCUUAGACGUAGAUGACGAUCCACUUGCAAAUACGCCAGCCGGUAUCUCUCCACACAGAAUGCAGAGUUGGAUAUUCACAGAAUAUAUCGAGAAUGGCCUAUUGACGCGCUUAGUUGAAAGACACCUCGAGCAAUAUGAGGGCGAACUGUUUCCCUGUCGCCUAUUAUGGAGAUUCUUCAUGUGUCUUAUCAGAUUUUGCCUGGAGAUGGCGUAUUGGGACGCUCAGCGAGAAGGUCGGGUGGAUUUGGAAACAGAUACGCUAGAGAGUCUUCGGGGAUCGUAUCCUGGUUUCUUGGCUCAUAAAGACCUAUCGAGGAAUAACAUUGCUGUUGGGGGCCUCAUGCCUGAACUUCAACACCCCGAGCAUGAUACAAGCCCAAUCCUAAAGCUACUGGAUUUUGGAACAGCGGAUACGAUGGAUCCUAGGAAUCCCCGUUCGCUUGACAGCUUUGGGCGUAAUGGACCUCAGAGAAACAUAACUGAUAUUGGUGAGGUUGUGCAAUACCUUGUGCUACAACAAGAAGGACAGAUCGGCCAAAGAACCAGAGUAACCGUUCGCGGUCAAAGUUUUGAGACCUUUGCCGGUAGCUUGCACGCGGCUCGUACUUCAUUGAUAGCUCAGGGUAUUGAUGCUGAGUUGAUAAAUCUAAUAUAUUAUUGCCGAGCCGUGGAUCAAAGAAGACAGCUCAAUCUGAUCGACCUAGCAAUAGCAGUCAGGAACCAAGUCCGGAAUAGAGGUCACAAUUCUAUCGAACGAGAAACAAAUAGGGCAAUAAGUUUAAGAAUCGCCAAUAUAACAAGGAAUGCGAAUACAAUACAGAUAUGAAAUUAAGAACCUACCCCAUCAUACAAUUUUAUAAGGUGUAUCCUUAAAGAAUAAAUGUUUUAUUAGAUAUAUUUUAAAGGUUAUGGGUUUCAGAGAUUUUCUUUAUUAAAGUUACUUUACUUCAAAAGCUACCUUAUUUCGAAUGCUAUUCUCUUCAAACAGCCACAUAACUUACAUCACGCUAAGCGUGUUCUGUCUCCAUCCCUAGUUGUUGGAGUAGAUGGUUGGUCUGGUCGACUUGGCAGUAGAGGCAAUCCGCUGUGGCGGCUGGGUUCUUAAGACUUCCGCCAGCGUGUUGUAGGAAUGGCGCCAUAUCCGAAGGGGGGUUGAUAUGAAGCAGCUUUACGUCGAAACACUCGAUACGCGUGUUCGCGAGACCGGCCAGCACUAUUCGAUCGACGAAGUAUAUCAGCAGUGAAGCUUGAUAGACAAAGAUCGAAAGGUGAGGAAGGUUAUUAGGAGAUAUAAAAACUCUGGAUGUAAAUACCAAAAAGAAUUAGAAACAUAAUAUAACGAUUUGUACCGCAGGUUUUGCU